CUCCAUCCAACUGGCACAUAAUACAUACACAUCCAUCUCUCAAACACACAACAUACACUCCAAGAAAACCAUGAAGUUCAUCAUCAACCCUAAACUCUUCAAGCUCCCCUUUUAUGGCUUCUUCUUCUUCCUCCUCUUCUUCUCAAAACCCUCCCAUCAAGCCUACGAUGCGCCCCCUGAUUUCCCAUUUGAAAACCCUAGACUUUACAAUGCUUUCAUCGCUCUCCAAGCUUGGAAACAUUCCAUCACUGCAGACCCCAAGAACUUCACCAAGGAUUGGUAUGGGCCCCACGUGUGCAACUACACCGGAGUUUACUGUGCUCCGGCGCCGGAUGACAAGGAGAUCCGUACAGUCGCCGGGAUUGACCUAAACCACGCAAAUAUUUCCGGCACAUUGCCGGAGGACCUCGGCCUCCUCACCGACUUGGCGCUUUUCCAUAUAAACUCCAACCGGUUCACCGGAACUCUCCCCCGGAGCUUCUCCCACCUCCGCCUCCUUUUCGAGCUCGACGUCAGCAAUAACCUCCUCUGCGGCGAGUUCCCCGCCGUCGUCCUUUCUCUCCCGUCGCUCAAGUUCUUGGACAUCCGGUACAAUCAAUACCAAGGAAAGAUUCCCAAGGAGGUUUACGACCUGAAACUCGAUGCCCUAUUCGUGAACCACAACAAUUUCACCGUCACUUUGCCGAGGAACUUGGGGAACUCACCAGUUUCAGUUCUUGUUUUCGCGAACAACAACCUCCGAGGAUGUCUGCCGCCGAGCAUAGCCAAAAUGCGGAAAACCCUCAGCGAGAUCAUCCUAAUGAACGUGAGCUUGGGCGCGUGUUUGCCGGACGAGAUAGGGCUUCUGAAGGAGCUAAAAGUGUUCGACGUCAGCUUCAACAACCUCGUCGGAAGCCUACCGGAAUCCAUGGGGAAGCUGAAAAAGCUAGAGCAGCUCAACGUGGCGCACAACAAACUCUCCGGCGAGAUUCCGGCGAGCAUCUGCGAGCUGCCGAGGCUGAAAAACUUCACCUACUCCUACAACUACUUCUGCAGUGCACCGGAGAUUUGCCGGAAAGUGAAGCACAAAAAUGACAAAAAGAAUUGCAUUCCUUAUUGGCCUCAUCAAAGGUCGCCGGAGACAUGUAAGGCCUUUUACUCUAAACCGGUGGAUUGUAGUGUCUUGGGUUGUCGGCCCAAAAGCCCACCGCCUCCUCCGCCGCCAUCGCCGCCUCCUCCUUCUCCCCCACCACCCCCUCCCCCACAUCAUUACCACUAUCUCUAAUCAAGACCAUUGAUUAUUGGUACAAAUUUUCAAUUGUGUGAUUUAACUUGAUUGGGUGCAUGCAUGGUAGAUUCAAUUCUUACAUGGGGAAAUGACAAAUUUGGAUCUUUAAAUUAUAAAAAGUAACACUUUUAUCUAUCAAUUAUAUCAGUGAUCAAGUGAGUUUUUCCGAGAUUUUUCUGUCUCUGGAUUUUGUAAGAGACGAAAAGUAGUAACGAUGGAAUUGACCGACCAAAAGUGUUAUUUUCUUAUAAUUUAAGGGUUAAUGUGUUAUUUUUCUUUUGUAUAUUGUGGUACAAGACAGGGAAAAAAGAAGCGUGAGAUACAUGUAAGGAAUAUUUCUGUUUCAGUGUAUUAGUUUUUUUUUUUUUUUUUGGAUUAGUUUUAACCAAAGCAUUGACUUUGAUCAUAUUGUAAUAAAAAUAAAGUAAUAAUGUUAUUAUAUUUCUGUUGUUGCAGUAU